AUGGUCGUCACAGUACCCACUGCCUCUCUCGAGGGCCAGGUCGCCCUCAUCACCGGCGCCGGCCGUGGUAUCGGACGAGGCUGCGCCAUCGAACUCGGCAAGCGCGGUGCCUCAGUUGUCGUAAACUACGUAUCAUCAGAAGGCCCCGCCAACGAAGUAUGUGAGAUCAUCCGAGGCUUUAACAACGGUGCCAAAGCCGUCGCCAUCAAAGCCGACGUAAGCAAAGUAUCCGAGAUCCACCGACUAUUCGAGGAAGCAAAGCAGGCGUUUGGCAAGAUCAACAUUGUCAUGAGCAACUCCGGCACCGAGAGCUGGGACAAGACCGAGGAGAUUAGCGAGGAGAAGUACGAUCACGUUUUCAACUUGAACACGCGAGCGCAAUUCUUCGUUGGUCAGACCGCGUACAAGUACAUUGAGGAUAACGGCCGUAUCAUCCUCAUGAGCUCUAUUGCUGCUGGUCUUCUUGGUGUCAAGGACCACGCUCUGUACAACGCUUCCAAGAUGGCAGUCAUUGGCUUCAUCAAGGCUUUCGCGACCGACUUUGGAAAGCGUGGUGUUACCGUUAACGGUGUUGCGCCUGGUGGCAUCAAGUCAGACAUGUUCACCCAAAAUGCAUGGCACUACAUCCCAGGUGGCACACCUGAGUGGCCAGCGGAGAAGAUUGAGAGCCUCAUGGCUAGCCACUGCCCGCUAGGCCGGUGUGCGGUUCCCGAGGAUGUUGCGAGGGUUGUUGCUUUCCUUGCUUCCGAGGACGGCGGUUGGGUUAACGGACAGGUACUUACUAUCUCUGGAGGAUCAUCUCAGUAA